AUGUCGGCCAUUUUGUUUGAAGAUUAUUUAGAUCCAGUAUACAAUGAUAAUGAUGAUAAUUAUGAACAGGCCAAAAUCUCUAGGAUAGAUCAGGGGUCAAAAGAAUACAAAGACUAUUUCCCAAAGAAAACUGUUCCACAAGUUUUAGCGGCUUUGGACGUCAAUGCAGCCAAAACCUACAAUGCAUGUCUGCAAGAUGGCACAGAGAAAAUCAAUAAAAUAAGAAUUGUAAUAGUAGGCAAAAAGGAAUCUGGAAAAUCUCUCUUAGCUAGACGUCUUUUAAAGAAAACAAAUGCGUCAGUUGAAAAAGCAAAUGCAAUGGAAAUUCAUUCCUUAAAUUGCAAGGCUAGGGUAGAAGAUGGAAAAUGGAUAUUUCUAGAUGAAUACGAAUAUGAAACCAAUAUAAAUGAGAGAAUUUUGGCUGCUUGCUGUCAAAAUAAGAUAAUUAUACAGUCUGAAGCAAUCUAUAAAGAAAAAGAAAACAAGAAAGACAAAUCAUUUAAAGGAAAGAACAGAGCUUCGACAUAUGACAAUAACUCAAAUGUGCAUGUAGUCAAGUCACUCUCAUCAGAUUCGAUCGAUUCUGAGCCAGAGAAUAAAUACCUUGAUUUGAGUGACAUUGUCAAUGUCGACAUGACCGGUGAAGAUACAGUACUGAUAGAAAUAUGGGACCUCCCAGGAGAUGAAGAAAUAUGUAGUGCCUAUCUUUCCCUUUUUGGAAAAAAUGCUGUAUAUAUUGUGACAGUCAAUGUUACAGAAAAUAUGCAAGACAAUGAUGAUUGUGGUUUGAUAUUUUGGCCGGAGUUUAUUCGAUGCAUGAAUAAAACUCAUUCCCCUGAAGAUGACGAUUUGUCAGUUUUUAUUGUAGGCACCUUUAAGGACAAAUUUGAUGGACAAGAUGAGAUAUGCGUGUCACAGAUGAAGUGUCGUAUGCAGGACUCCACAGAAAGUAGACAGCACAUUAAAGGUUAUUACGUAGUGUCAAAUGUAAAAGAGCUUGGUGAUUUGGACCCUUUACGUUGUGAAAUUAUAAUGUCUUCAAAGAAACAAACAAAUUGGAAUUUUCAAACGCCAUUACGAUGGAUUCAACUUGAUAAGCAUUUACAUCAACAAAGACAAUUAAACAUUCCUGUUGUCUCUAAAGUAGAGGUCAAUAACGUUAUGGAUGAAAUGUUUAUACCUUUUAAAAAUGCCAAAGAACUAGAGCAGUUUCUCUUUCAUCAUCACGACAAUGGCACUUUAGUUUACCUCAAAUGCAAUCCCGACCAUGUUAUACUGAAUCCGCAGUGGUUGGCGAAUGCAAUGAUGUUGAUUAUAAGCUCUGCUAAAUCAAAAACGGAUACUAGAAAGACAAAAGAAUGGAGAAAUCUUCAAGAGUAUGGAAAGCUUUCACAAGAUCUUAUUGAAGAAAUUUUCAGCAGACAAUCCCCGGACAUUGUGAAAUACAAAAAUCUUAUAAUUAAUUCGAUGAUAAAAUGUUACACAAUAAUUCGAAUUUGGUGUUCCGUCCAUGAUUAA